GGAGCUGCUCCUGCGUAACCGCUGACGAGGCUGCCGGUUUCUCCUGGCCCCGGGCACUGCCGCCGCCGCCGCCGCCGCCGCGAUGGUUCAGAUGGCGCCCUGCCCGUUCCUGCUGCUUCUCCUUCUGCUGGCCCCCGCAGCCCCGUCGUUGUCCGCCGAGGAGAAGCGGCGCAGCAGUAGCAGCGGCCGAGGCCCCGAGGAGCUGGCCUUUGUUACGGAGUAUUUCUCUCAGAGUUCUCAGAAGCUCUCUUUCUACAGCUGGUAUGGGAAUGCCAGGCUCUUCCGCUUCCGCGUGCCCGAGGACACCAUCCAGCUGCGCUGGCUCCUGCAGGCAUCCAAGGGAAAAGGCCCUGAGUGUGGCAGCAUGCAGGUCAUCAUCCAUUUCCGCUAUGGUGCUCCUCCUGUAAUCAACCCGCUGGGCACGCCAUUUCCUACAAAUGCAAGUGUGCAUCUCUCCUACAAUCGGACCUUGACUCUGGCAACUGCUCUGCAGAACAGCACCUUUGUCAACCUCACAGGCCCUGCUGCAGGCGAUUGGUUCAUUGCCGCGCACCUGCCUGAAGCCCCAGGCAAGAUUGAGGUGAAGGGGAUCUUCAGGGCAUGCACCUAUCUCUUCCAGUCUGACAUGUUUGUGCUGCGUGCUGUUGAUGCGUCAGUUCUUGAGCCCAACACUACCAUGCAGCAGAUAAUUGCCUGGCCGGCUAGGCCCCUUCAUGCCAAGAUCUUUGUCCCUGAAUACACUGCCACGCUGCACUUUAAGCUGGGGAGCUGCAGGGUGAACACUUCUACCACCUGCGCUGUGCGUGUCACAUUGGGCUCUUUCACGCUGUCUCCCUCCUCCCAGAAGGUGCUCAACUGCACGGGGGCCUGCAGCCUCCUCCUGGAAUCCCCACCAUGGGAGAGGUGGCUGCCAAUCACAGUGGAGAGCCUCAGUGGUCCUGGUGCCAGUGUUUCCUUCGAGAUGAUGGCCUCCUUCACAGUGUGCAAGCCAGGGGGUGCUGGCUCUUUUCUUAGCUUCUACCAGAGCCUGAACCGAAGCCAGGAGACACCCUUGCUGGGAGGAAAGCCCAAUGUCACGCUGCUUCCAGUGGCUGGGCCUCAUGAUGCAUUUGGCCAAGGCAGCCUGUGCCUGCGUGGCCAGCCAGUCGUCCGUGAGGACCUGGACGUGGCGUCUGUGCAUUUCCGGGUCCUUGGUGAGUCCGACGUGCCUGUCCAGGCAGAGCCUCCAGCCUUGCUUCUCUUUAACCUGAACUCGGGCAUGGACAGUGGGGGGACCCUCGUGCUGACUCUGGUGCUCAACCAGAGCUCCUCAGGCCUUGGGAACGCUACUGUGUGGGCCUGCUUGAGUGCCACCUCCCCUGUGCUGUCACCGAAUGCCACGAGGGGCUGCAGCACAGCUUUUUCCCAAGGCUAUAUGCUGAAUGUGUCCACGAUCUCCAUGGAAGCCUCGCUCAACAUCCCAUACCCAGAGUCUGAAAACUGGUUCCUCUCCCUGCAACUCGUCUGUCCAGAGAACUCUGGGGAAUGUGACAAAGCCCAGGCGCAGGUGUCUGUCCUUGCCUACCUCACUCCCUGCUUUGAUGACUGUGGGACGUAUGGACAGUGCAGUCUCCUGAGGCGCUAUGGUUACCUCUAUGCUGGAUGCAGCUGCAAAGCUGGCUGGAGCGGCUGGAGCUGCACAGACGACAGCAAAGCCCAGUCUGUUGGCCUCCAGACGCUGGCCACUCUCCUGCUCACCCUCAGUAACCUGCUCUUCCUGCCUGCGAUCGCUGUUGCUCUGUAUCACUACCACCUGGCCGAGGCCUCUGUCUAUAUCUUCACCAUGUUCUUCUCCACAUUCUACCAUGCCUGCGACCAGCCUGGCGUUGCUGUGCUGUGCAUCAUGGACUAUGACACGCUGCAGUUCUGUGACUUCUUGGGCUCUGUUGUCUCUAUCUGGGUGACCAUUCUGUGCAUGGCCCGAGUCAAGAAGAUCUUGAAAUAUGUCCUCUGUGUGCUGGGGACCCUGGUCAUUGCAAUGUCACUGCAGUUGGAUCGCAGAGGGGUUUGGAACAUGUUGGGACCUUGCUUCUUUGCCCUCCUCAUCAUGAUCACUGCUUGGGUUUAUCGUGGAGUGACCAGGCACCAUUGCUACCCCCCUUCCUGGAAGCGCUGGACCUUCUUUAUCUUCCCUGGCAUCAGCCUCGCUCUGGUAGCCAUGGUGGUGUAUGCCUUCUUGGAAACCAACGAGAACUACUACUACACCCACAGCAUCUGGCACAUCUUGGUAGCCAGCAGUGUGGCUUUCCUGCUCCCACCAGGAGACAAGCACAAGAAUCCAUGGGCCUGGUCUCGCAAACUGCUUUGCCGCUACCAGAUCUGCAAGAACGACCGGGAAGAACUCUAUGCAGUGACAUGAUGGAGCGAGUGGGGACUGAUGCAUGUGGAGUUCCUCCCUCGAGGGCCCCCUUCAAGCUUGUAUGUCUGAUCGCCAGCUGCAUUUCCUGUUGCCACUUGAUUGUGCAGGAAGAAGGCAAGAAUAUCUAGCUGGCUGGAUGAAAAACAGGGAGCUGAGCAGUUCAAGAUACAGGGCAGGGGAGGCUUGCUAGUUUUCAUCCUAAUCUGAGGGGAGACUGUCCACUCAUGAAGCGGGUCUGUUCUGGAGCGCUCUCUUUGGAGGGAACCAGUCAUGUUUCUGGAGUUUUCAGAAGCAUCGUGAUCACCUGCACUGCAGCCUAGAAAUUGUGUGACUGAGAAAUGCAUUGAUGACCAGGAAACAGGUCAUUCUGCAGUCCUGUGAGCUGGAGUUGAGUGCUACUUGGGGGUUUGUAGGGUGGUGAUUGAUCCUACGAAAUGAGGUUGGUGUGUAGUUCUUGGUAGCCUCACCAUGCUAAUGUGGGAACAAUAUGUGUUGUGUUUCUUUGCCAUCACUCCCCUGAGCACAGUGUGCGCAGGGCACUUUUUCAAACAUGUGGAAGAUGGGAGGGAGUGUGGAUGAUAAAACACAAGACUGCAAAAUUAGAUGACCCAGGAGCAUACCUGGGCUGGAAAGGCAGGAGAGGCACCCUACUGUCCAUGGCUGAAGAAACUCAGUAUUGCUCAGGGAGGUCCCGGGUCUCUCUGUAGUUGGCUCUGUCCUGAACAGCUGCCUGUAUAAAGUGCUUAGUUGGAAUGACCCAGUUCUGUGGGAGCCCUUGAAUAAACAAUGGGUUUUAACUGAGCCUAUGCCAUACUUAUGGGUGGCCUGCCACUCGCUGCCAGGUGUGAGAUGGACAGGGCGUCUGGCUGCUGCGCAUACUGCACUGUUGAAGGGUCACCUUGUGGCACUGUUGCCACUGGCUGUGUGUGCAUCCAGCCAGCUUGUUCCAGUUUCAUCAACUGCUGGUGGGCUGGCCUUGGACUUGGGUGUGAACAGGAAGGCCCUGUGCUUGCACCUCUCUCUUCACCAGACCCAAUACCUUUGUUUUCCACUGCCUGCUGCAUUUCUUUCUACCAGAGUAUCCUCCAAAUGACCACUUUCGGGCAACUCCCCCUAUUUUGGGGAGACGCAAUUAAUGUAGCAGCUCUCAGCCUAUGCAUUUACAAUAGGAUUGGGCACAAUUUCUAGUGCUCAUAGCAGCUAAAUGACACCCACCUCUUCUGCCUUUGUAGCCUUGGAACUCGUGUUCCUUGGCUACAGGUGUGAGAGAGUCUGGCACUAUUUGCUAUUCUGAUUUCUGGCUCUUGCUUUGGUUGCCCUCAGGCAAAUGCAGUCUGCAUUGCUGGGCCAGGAUAGCACAUUUUAAAACCUUUUGCAGCUGCAGACACAUAGGGAGGAGCUAGAAACUCAGAGAGUUCUUUUAGCACAAUAACACACACAUCUAUAAGAUCCUUAAUCUGGGAUUUUUUUUUCUAAUCACCGCAGGGAAUUGAGGGAACUCUAAUCUUAUAUAGGAAAAUUGUUGUUGUUGAUUACCUCAGAAAAAACUCCAGCAACUACAGUUCACAAAGUUCUCUUAGUAUCUUGUUCCCUUUGUUGUUUAUGUCAUGCUUUGAAUUUUUAAAAGGUUAACUGAAUUGUUAUUUUGUUCAAUUAAAAGUCUUGCACACUGUG